UACGUGCUUGCCGCCGAGGUUGAUCGCGCUUCCAUUUCCCAACAAGACUCGUCUUCGAACGCCCGCUCGUGUCCAUCGAUAUACUCGCCUUCUCACUAUAAUUGGCCUCUAUUUUAUGCGAGGCGGUCCAUGACAGGUUCUGCACCCCCGGCCUGGCUCUUCGGCGACAACAACACAUCCGUCGCGAUCGACACUACCAGCGGCCCACCCAACAAGACGGCCAUGGCCGCUACGAAAGACAAGAAGGCUCCGAAGCCGGCGCCCGCUGCGGAAUCGCACCCGCCGGCGCAGCUGCUCGACCUCGUCGAGGUGUUCCUGGAGGAAUACUCGAGCAAGAAAUCCCACGAGGAGUUCAAGAAACACCGCGCCAAGAAGGGUCUCCCACCCACCGCUCCCGGCCCUGCCAUCGCAACUUCGCUGGUGGCCGUUUUCCAAGUUUGGAAGACGGCGCAGAAUGGCGACUCUCCCGCUAUCGACGACAGCAACUCGAGCAGUAGCAGCAGCAGCAGCAGCGAAUCGAGCUCGUCUGAGAGUGAGAGCGAGAGCGGGAGCGAGAGUGAGGGCGCCGCAAAUGCCGACGUGAACAUGAUGGACCUGAUGGACAUUGAGGCCGAAGAGGCCGACUCGGAGUCGAGUGACAGCGAGGAGGAUAAAAAGGCACGCAAGGCCAAGAAGGCAGAAAAGCCCCAAGCAAAGAGACCCCUGAAAAGGAAAGCCCCGUCGAGCAGCAGUUCGUCCGCUUCUAGCUCCGACAGCUCAGACUCUAGCUCCGAGGGGGAGCGUCCCCAGAUCAAGAAGCAAAAGACCGUCAAAGCUGCCUCGCCCCCGUCAUCGUCGUCGGCAUCCUCUUCUUCGUCCUCCAGCUCGUCAUCCUCAUCUGAGGCCGAGGCCGAGGCCGACGCGAAGGCCGAUAGCGACAGCGGCUCCUCAUCUUCAUCGAGCUCGUCGUCUUCCGAUUCCGACUCCGAUUCUGACUCUGGCUCCGAGGCCCAGGCCGCUGCCUCCAAGGUCCCCCUUCCUGGAUCCGACUCUGACUCCUCCUCGGACUCGUCCUCGUCCUCGGAUUCCAGCGACGACGACUCGGCAGAACCCAGCACUCAGGUCAAGAAAGAGGCAAAGGCGGCUGCUGCUAAGAGCGGGUCUGAUUCUUCCGUCACAGUCGGCAAGACCUCACCUCAGGUCUUCCCCGUUAGCGAGUUUGCGCCCCUGCCUCCGGACCCAGUGGUGAAGACCAACAACCGGGGAAAGAAGGGUGGCGAUGGACCUAAGGCGCCCAACGUACCCUUCUCGCGGAUCCGCAAGGACAUUUCUGUCGAUCCCCGCCUGCGGUCGAACGCGUUCAACCCGGCCGACGAGUGGGGUCAGAAGGCACACGAGGACUUGAUCAUCACCAAGGGCAAAGGCUUCACCAAAGAGAAGAACAAGAAGAAGAAGGGGAGCUACCGAGGAGGCCGCAUUGACACCAGUGCCCGGAAUGGAAUCAAGUUUGAAGAUUAAGAGGCACCGGGGCGAACGCGUCGACGGUACGGACAGGGAGAGGAAAGCUGGACGACGCAAUAAUGGGGGUCACUGGAGCUGCUAUUACUCUGGGAUAAAUAUACCAUUGUGGAGGGAGGAGCAUGAUUGAUGGAUUGGGGGGAGAGGAUCCGAACAGGCUCGUAUCCUACGAUGGGAUACCGUCAGUUUACCAAAACUUUGUUCAGGCAUAUUCAUUGAUGUUUACAUAGAUUGGUGUGGUUACAAGCCAAACGUUGUUGCGUUGUAUAUAAUCACCGAAGAGAAGCCAGCGAUUUACACCUUGGCUACCACCCAGCCCUAGGGGUCCAAGAUGCGUUGCACGAUCGGACGACGGGGAUGGCUGCGCCACAACACCACCUGUGACAGAAGCAAGUUUUGGGCUCCCC